UUUACCUGGUACUUAAACCAAGAAAGGUAACAGUGCCAAUCAUGGACAAGUGUCUGAAGACGAUGGUGGUGAUGCUUUUGGCCGCGCCCCUGGUCCUAGCCCUACCCACUGCAACCGAGGUGGCACCGGUCAGCGAGGAGGACGAGGAACUUGUGCCCUUUUUUGACCUCGCUGCCAACGAUAGUGACGCCGAAAAUGGAACAGUCCGUGUGUUUUUGUUCCCUGGUUCUGCCUCUCAUUCUCAACAAUCAUUUGGCGCAUAUCCUUAUCCCCAGAAUACUGGAUUUAUUAAUUUCCCUGGUAAUCAACGACCCUCUUAUCAAGGAACAGGAUAUUACCCGUUCAAUGGAUUGUAUCCGUAUUCACAAGACUGUACAUAUUGGUGUGUACAAAAUGUGGGCUUCUCCAGAGAAGUCUAUUGCUGUAGGCAAUAGCCAUUGCACUGCCUGACUUCCGAACAGUAUUAAUUUACGAACAAUAAUGUUAAUACUGUCAACAUGUGUGUGUGUGUGUGUGUGUGUGUGUGCAUAUAAAUAUAUAUGUAUGUAUAUAUGUAUGUAUGUAUGUAUGUAUGUAUGUACUGUGGUUACAUUAAUUACAGAGAUUGAUAUUUGACAAAAUCUUUGCACCUAAACUGGAAUGGUAUACACCCAGAUAUAUCCGACGGGUAUGACUACGAUGACCCAGCUCUGCAACUGGCGUAGUGCUUUGUCUGAAUUUGGCUGAUGGAAUAUUUUUUAUACAAAUGCUUUGAUGUAAACAUUUAUCCUUUACGUUUUUCAUACAUCUGUAAUUCUGGACUGAAUAAACUCGAUAUAAAUAUGAAAAA